AUGCCCGUUGUUGCCAAGGAGACCUUCGGAUCUCCCGUCCCGUACGCGGAGCCUAGUUGGUACACCAAGGGCCACAGCAGCCCCUACUACACUCAGUCCCACGUUGAGUGGCGGGCCAGGUGCCGCAAAUUCGUAGAGGAUGAGGUCAUGCCCAACGUCAGUGAGUGGGAGAAGGAGAAGGCCAUUCCCAUGGAGAUCUACGCAAAGUGCUAUAGGGCUGGCCUCCUGCCCAGUUUGGUCGGCCCCAAGGGUUACGACUAUGCCGACCCCGCCGUUGCUGCCAAGCCCCAAGGCUUCGACUACUUCCACGAGCUCAUCUUCAUUGACGAGCUCUGCAGGUGUGGAUCUGGUGGCGUCAUGUGGGGUAUGAUGGGUGGCCUCAACAUUGGUUUGCCAACUGUGUUAAACUUUGGUACGUCUGAGAUGAAGGCAAGGGUCGCCCCUCCUUGUGUACGUGGAGAGAAGAAUAUUUGCCUGUGCAUCACGGAACCUCACGCUGGCAGUGAUGUGGCCAAUAUCAGGACUACUGCUAAGCUCACUCCGGAUGGAAAGCAUUACAUCGUCAACGGUCAGAAGAAGUGGAUAACUAAUGGUAUUUUCUCCGACUAUUUCUCUGUCGCGGUCCGCACAGGUGGCUCUGGCAUGAAGGGAAUAUCUAUGCUGUUGGUCGAAAGGGGCAUGCCUGGUCUCAAGACCACCAGACUGGACUGCCAGGGUGUGCUAUCGAGCGGCACUACUUUCGUUGAAUUCGAUGAUGUGAAAGUCCCCGUGGAGAACCUUAUAGGUAAGGAGAAUGACGGCUUCAAGGUUAUCAUGUAUAACUUCAACCAUGAACGUUGGGGCCUCAUCAUACAGGCUGUGCGGUUCUCGAGGAUCCUCUAUGAACUCUCGUUCAAGUAUGCACAGAAGAGAAAGACCUUUGGCAAGACCCUUAUGGAACAUCCGUGA